AUGGCGUCCAAACCAAGAGUAACAUCGGCUGUAGUUGUUUCAGAAAAUUUCCAAAAAAACCACCAAAGGAGAGAAAGGGAGAGGAGGCGCAGAUCUUCUGAAARUGGUGAAUAUGAAUAUCAUAGACGGCAUAGCCAGCGUGAUCAAUUACACAAAGAUGACAGACGGCUUGGAAGAAGUCAUAUGCGUACGAGAAGAAAAAGUGAAAAUAAUGAUGACAAUGAUAGAGACAAGAACAGAAAAGGUUUACAAAGUGAGAAAAUGGAAAGAGUCAGUGUCUUUGACAGAUUGAACUCAGGAUUCUCAAGGAAUCAACAGAGAGAUGAAAGACAAGUGGUAGAAGUGGAGACCGAUCCGUGUGAUGUUCCUCGAGGGAAGAGAUACUUCGAGCAUGAUGACCGUGGUGCYGACCGUGGUGCUGAUCGUGGAAGAGGCUACAUGUUUAACAGACAAAGCAACAGAAACCCCAGACAGAUUUUACAAAGGCAAAGAUCCAGRAGUCCUGUUUGGAAACAUGAUCGCUUUCAAGACAGGAGAGAGAGGGGUUUUGAUAACAGGAGACAGAACAGGAGAAGCCCAGUGUGGAAACACGACAAGUUUGAAGAACAAGAAAUUGAGAACAAAAAG